UACCAAGAAACACCUGGAGCAUCUGAUUCUACCGUCCAACACGAUAAGGAGGACAAAGCAAUGGACGGAGAACAUAUCACCGAACAACCACGACCAGGCUUUGUCCUGGCAGACUACGUAGUCUUUUCUGCCAUGCUGCUAGUUUCCAUGGGAAUAGGGCUGUUCCAGGCCCUGAAGAAGAAACCGGGUGAUGCCAAGGUGGAUGACUUCUUCACCGGUGGCCGUAGUAUGCCAGCCAUACCUGUGGGAAUGUCACUGUGUGCCAGUUUCAUGUCAGCUGUCCAGGUCCUGGGAGUGCCAGCCGAGGCCUCCCUCUAUGGUUUUAAGUUCCUCUACAUGUGCCUCGGGCAAACCAUCAACUCCUGUCUGACUGCAUACCUGUUCCUGCCAGUGUUCUACCGCCUUGGUAUCACCAGCACCAAUCAGGUUUUGUUACCCUUUACAUUGACAGAAUCCGUAGAGAUGCCAUGCACAUACAAUACAUAGCUACUAAACCUAUGCAAGUAAGAAAUAGGGAAAUAGCAACUGUUGAACUUUAAAUGUUUGUGUGUGUGUGUGUGUGUGUGUGUGUGGGGGGGGGGGGGAUAGGGGAAACAGUAUGUGUGGAAGGAUGGUGUUUUGUUACAAUUACUCUUUGCUUUGCUGUCACAGUACCUCAAGAUGAGAUUUGGCAGAGGGAUGCAGCUGCUUGGAAGUGCCCAGUUUAUAGUCUCAACAGUAAGUAAGGCAAACAGAUAGAGCAUACGCAAAGUCAUCCUCAUAUGACUUAUUCAUAAUGUUGAGGACAGAAUGUGUGUAUAUAGACGUAUAACAUAUAUACACUACCAGUCAAAAGUUUGGACACACCUACUCAUUCAAGGGUUUUUCUUAAUUUUUUAUAUUUUUUACAUUGUAGAAUAAUAGUGAAGACAUCAAAACUAUGAAAUAACACAUGGAAUCAUGUAGUAACCCAAAAAGUGUUAAACAAAUCAAAAUAUAUUUUAUAUUUGACAUUCUUCAAAUGGCCACCCUUUGCUUUGAUGACAGCUUUGCACACUUGGCAUUCUCUCAACCAGCUUCAUGAGUUAGUCACCUGGAAUGCAUUUCAAUUAACAACUGUGCCUUCUUAAAAGUUAAUUUGUGGAAUUUCUUUCCUUCUUAAUGCGUUUGAGACAAUCAGUUGUGUUGUGACAAGGUAGGGGGGGUAUACAGAUGAUAGCGCUAUUUGGUAAAAUACCAAGUCCAUAUUAUGUCAAGAACAGUUCAAAUAAGCAAAGAGAAACGACAGUCCAUCAUUACUUUAAACAUGAAGGUCAGUCAAUCCGGAAAAUAGGUGUAGGUUAACAGAUGAUCUCUGUAUGUGUAGUUCCCACCGUAAAGCAUGGAGGAGGAGGUGUUACGGUGUGGGGUGCUUUGCUGGUGACACUGUCUGUGAUUUAUUUAGAAUUCAAGGCACACUUAACCAGCAUGGCUACCACAGCAUUCUGCAGCGAUACGCCAGUCCCACUAAGCCCAAACCAGAUGGGAUAUCAUUUGUUUUUCAACAGGACAAUGACCCAACACACCUCCAGGUUGUGUAAGGGCUAUUUUACCAAGAGGAGAGAUGGAGUGCUGCAUCAGAUGACCUGGCCUCCACAAUCCCCCGACCUCAACCCAAUUGAGAUGGUUUGGGAUGAGUCGGACGGCAGAGUGAAGGAAAAGCAGCCAACAAGUGCUCAGCAUAUGAGGGAACUCCUUCAAGAAUGGGAACUAAAGAAAAAUAAAGAAAAACCCUUGAAAAACAAUCCUGGUUAAGUGUGUCUUGAAUUCUAAAUAAAUCACAGACAGUGUCACCAGCAAAGCACCAUAACACAUUUACAUUUUAGUCAUUUAGCAGACGCUCUUAUCCAGAGCGACUUACAGUUAGUGAGUGUAUACAUUUUCAUAUUGCCCCCCCGUGGGAAACAAACCCACAACCCUGGCAUUGCAAGCGCCAUGCUCUACCAACUGAGCUACAGGGGACACCUCUCCUCCAUGCUUUAUGGUGGGAACUACACAUGCGGAGAUCAUCCGUUCACCCAUACCGCGUCUCACAAAGACACAGCGGUUUGAACCAAAUAUCUUCAAUUUGGACUCCAGACCAAAGGACACAUUUCCACCGGUCUAAUGUCCAUUGCUCAUGAUUCUUGGCCCAAGCAGGUCUCCUCUUCUUAUUGGUGUCCUUUAGUAGUGGUUUCUUUGUAGCAAUUCGACCAUGAAGGCCUGAUUCACGCAUUCUCCUCUGAACAGUUGAUGUUGAGAUGUGUCUGUGACUUGAACUCCAUUCAUGUGGCGGUCCUCAUGAGAGCCAGUUUCAUCAUAGUGCUUGAUGGUUUUUGCGACUGCACUUGAAGAAACUUUCAAAGUUCUUGAAAUGUUCCGUAUUGACCUUCAUGUCUUAAAGUAAUGAUGGACUGUCGUUUCUCUUUGCCUAUUUGAGCUGUUCUUGCCAUAAUAUGGACUUGGUCUUUUACCAAAUAAGGCUAUCUUCUGUAUACCCCCCCUUGUCACAACACAACUGAUUGGCUCAAACGCAUUAAGAAGGAAAGAAAUUCCACAAAUAAACGUUUAAGAAGGCACAGCUGUUAAUUUAAAUGCAUUCCAGGUGACUACCUCAUGAAGCUGGUUGAGAGAAUGCCAAGAGUGUGCAAAGCUGUCAUCAAGGCAAAGGGUGGCUAUUUGAAGAAUCUCAAAUCUUUUGAUUUAACACUUUUUGGGUUACUACAUGAUUCCAUAUGUGUUAUUUCAUUGUUUUGAUGUCUUCACUAUUAUUCUACAAUGUAAACAUUUUUAAAAAUAAAGAAAGACCCUUGGUUAGGAGUAGGUGUGUCCAAACUUUUGACUGGUAGUGUAUAUAUAAAACAUCAGUUGGCCAUUGAUUUAUGCUUUAUACUUUAUCAUUUUCUUCAGCUGCUCUACACAGGAAUAGUGAUCUAUGCGCCAUCCUCAAUCCUGAGCCAAGGUAUGACCUCUGGAGAAGCACAAUAAUGUGUUUGCAACCUCCUGUAUGUAAUGCAUUAUAAAUGCAUGUACCAGUGGCUUGCGAACGUAUUCACCCCCCUUGGCAUUUUUCCUAUUUUGUUGCCUUACAACCUGGAAUUAAAAUGGAUUUUUGGGGGGGUUUGUAUCAUUUGAUUUACAUUACAUGCCUACCACUUUGAAGAUGCAAAAUAUUUUUUAUUGUGAAACAAACAAGAAAUAACACAAAAAAACAGAACUUGAGCGUGCAUAACUAGGCCAUUCCAAGACAUUUAAAUGUUUUGAGUGUUGCUUUAACAGUAUGCUUAGGGUCAUUGUCCUGCUGGAAGGUGAACCUCCGUUCCAGCCUCAAAUAUCUGGAAGACUGAAACAGGUUUCCCUCAAGAAUUUCCCUGUAUUUAGCGCCAUCCAUCAUUCCUUCAAUUCUGACCAGUUUCCCAGUCCCUGCCGAUGGAAAACAUCCCCACAACAUGAUGCUGCCACCACCAUGCUUUACUGUGGGGAUGGUGUUCUCGGGGUGAUGAGAGGUGUUGGGUUUGCGCCAGACAUUGCGUUUUCCUUGAAGGCCAAAAAGCUAGUCUCAUCUGACCAGAGUACCUUCUUCCAUAUGUUUGGGGAGUCUCCCACAUGCCUUUUGGCGAACACCAAACGUGUUUGCUUAUUUUUUUCUUUAAGCAAUGGCUUUUUUCUGGCCACUCUUCCGUUAAGCCCAGCUCUGUGGAGUGUACGGCUUAAAGUGGUCCUAUGGACCGAUAAUACAAUCUCCGCUGUGGAUCUUUGCAGCUCCUUCAGGGUUAUCUUUGGCCUCUUUGUUGCCUCUCUGAUUAAUGCCCUCCUUGCCUGGUCCAUGAGUUUUGGUGGGUGGCCCUCUCUUGGCAGGUUUGUUGUGGUGCCAUAUUCUUUCCAUUUUUUAAUAAUGGAUUUAAUGGUGCUCCGUGGGAUGUUCAGAGUUUCUGAUAUUUUUUUAUAACCCAACCCUGAUCUGUACUUCUCCACAACUUUGUCUCUGACCUGUUUGGAGAGCUCCUUGGUCUUCAUGGUGCCGCUUGUUUGGUGGUGCCACUUGCUUAGUGGUGUUGCAGACUCUGGGGCCUUUCAGAACAGAUGUGUGUAUAUAUACUGAGAUCAUGUGACAGAUCAUGUGUCACUUAGAUUGCACACAGGUGGACUUUAUUUAACUAAUUAUGUGACUUCUGAAGGUAAUUAGUUGCACCAGAUCUUAUUUAGGGGCUUCAUAGCAAAGGGGGUGAAUACAUAUGCACGCACCACUUUUCCGUUAUUUUUUUCAUUUCACUUCACCAAUUUGGACUAUUUUGUGUAUGUCCAUUACAUGAAAUCAAAAUCCAUUUAAAUUACAGGUUGUAAUGCAACAAAAUAGGAAAAACGCCAAGGGGGAUGAAUACUUUUGCAAGGCACUGUAUGCCUAUAGAGACCAUGAGCUGUUGUGAAGGCGUAGUAAGCGUUAUAAUGCUCUAUCCCACCUGUGUGUGAUACAUUAGCAAUGUGUUAUGUACAAUUGUUAUUAAUAAAUGUUUUAAUUAUUGUAUUCCAGCCACUGGGCUCAAUAUGUGGGCGUCCCUCUUCUCAACUGGGUUCAUUUGUACUCUUUACACCACAUUGGUAAGACUUAGAGAACGCCUUCUCCAUACUUCACAUCAAAUGGACUGUAUUAGAGCAGGCUGCUACUCUGAGCCUGUCUGUCUGUCUGUCUGUCCUCCGCACCACAGGGGGGCAUGAAAGCAGUCAUCUGGACAGACGUGUUCCAGAUCCUGGUCAUGCUCUCUGGCUUCAUCGCCAUCUUCAUCCAGGGCACUGUUUUGGUUGGUGGGCCAGCAAUGGUUUUGGAGAUUGCCAACAAUGGAUCACGCAUGAACUUUAAUGAGUAAAAAAACUGCCUUUUAUUCAACUAACAAUAUGCCUUUCAGCUAUCCAUUGCAUAAUGGGCUAAAAUAAAAUCACACUUACCAUUACUACACCAUCAAUACCUUCUCUUUUGAUCAGUUUUGACUUCGACCCAAGGAGGCGAUACACAUUCUGGAGCUUUACUGUUGGCGGUACGCUGGUGUGGCUGUCCAUGUAUGGUGUAAACCAGGCACAGGUGCAACGCUACAUCUCCUGCAGAACAGAGCGACAGGCCCAGUGGUGAGUGCAGACGUCCGCUUUCAGCAAAGCCUAUGGUGGAUCACAGUUUCUUAUUUUCACAUAAGAUAAUGCAAGAUCAUGUAAGAUCAAGAUCAUAAGAUCAUGUGCAAAUUCACGUUUUGUGAAAUAUAUUAAUUUUUAGCGCUGCCAAUGAAUAAAAGCAGAUUCUAGAUUCUUUAGACCUUCCUAUAUAAAAAAGGGAGGAAUAUAACUGUGACCAACUGGACUAGUAGUAUAAAAUAAACUGGUAGUAUGCAACCUCUUGGUUUAUACAGAAGCAAAGGGAAGUUCUGAAAUACUAAGGAACCCUGACGCAUACAGGCUAUCAAAUGAACGUUAAGAGAAGCACAGUGCACGUUCAAUAGUUUGUUAUACAGUAAGUAAAAUGAGCAAUGGUGUUUUAUCAUUUACAAAUAAGAGACACAAAUCACAAUAGCUUCACACAUGAAAGGCUGAUUACUGAUAGAAAGGUUCAGAGUAAUUAGACUAGAAGGAUGUAACGAUUCCCAAAUCACUCCAGAAUGACUCCCUUUACCCUAUAAGAUGCACAGCACUUCUGUAAGGAACAUUUUCAGUAUUUGUUUAGACCAGGGCUAUCCAACCCUGUUCCUGGAGAGCUACUCUCCUGUAGGUUUUCAAUCCAACUCCAGUUGAAACUAACAUGAUUCAUCUUAUCAACCAGCUGAUUGUUAGAAUCAGGUGCGCUAGAUUACGGUUGGAGAUAGAACCUACAGGACAGUAGCUCUCCAGGAAAAGGGUUGGAGAUAGAACCUACAGGACAGUAGCUCUCCAGGAAAAGGGUUGGCGAGCCCUGGUUUAGACCAUCCCUUUUGACAACUCACUCAAAUGAUGGCAGUCCAGCAGAGUCCCUGUCCCUAUCCCAGAUUAGUUGGACUAGAGGGAAUGGUGUCCAUGUCUUGCCCACAAGACCAGGGCCCUUAUUCAUAAAGUGCGAUCCUCAGAUAACGAGUGCUGAUCUAGGAUCAGUUUUACCUUUUAGAAUAUAAUGAAUAAGAUCAGCACACAGGACGUCUACUGAUAAAACACUGUCUAUUGACCGAUAAUAUAAAACAAGGAUGUUUGCUGAAAAAUAAUGUUUCACAAGGCUGCACUGGAAUAAACGUGGAUGUUUGCUUAUCCUUCUCUGCAGGGCGUUGUUCGUCAACCAAGUGGGCUUGUGUCUCGUUGUGGGCAGUGCAGCCACCUGUGGCAUUGUCAUGUUUGCCUUGUACUCUCACUGUGACCCUUUGAAAUCUGGAAAGAUUGCUGCUCCAGACCAGGUAAUGAGUAAUGACAUAACUACUACAAUCUACACCAGUGGUUGCCAACUUUUGUUGUAGCUUCAGACAAACAUACCUGAUUCAACUCAUUGAGGACCUGAUGAUUAGUUGACAAGUUGAAUCAGGUGUGCUUGUCUGGGACUACAAUACAAAUGUGUACUGUUGGGGGUAUUCGAAGACCGGAGUGGUCCUAAAGGGGUAUUCGAAGACCGGAGUGGUCCUAAAGGGGUGGUCCUAAAGUGAAAUCUACAUCCACUCAUGGUACCAGGCGAGCUAAAGUGAAUACACCCAAUGAACUCUCACAGAAUCGUAAACAUUUUAUUUUCUCCCUUCUUAUGAAAUGAUUGCGCUUGUGUUAAUAUUUGGGCUCUCAUACAUUUCCCCUCUCCUCUCUUUCAAAGUAUAUGCCAUACUUGGUGCUGGACAUCUUUCAAGACCACCCUGGCUUUCCCGGUCUUUUUCUGGCUUGUGCAUACAGUGGCACCCUGAGGUAUCCAAUCCCUGUCUGUAAUAUGCAUCAAAUCAUAAAUCAGCAUAUGACUGACACCACUGAUGACAUCAUUGCUGGUAAUUCACUGCUUUACAGUACCGCCUCCACCAGCAUCAACGCCAUGGCAGCUGUUACCAUGGAUGAUCUACUGAAACCACAUCUAGCCAACAUGUCACAGAAGAGGUUGAUUUUCAUUUCCAGAGGGUUGUGUAAGCGCAAUUUUAAAGUUAUAUUUUUAUAUUAGGUCAGCAACUCUUUCUAUGAAGUGAAAAACACCCUAAAUAGUUAGAUUUUUUAAAUAAUUUGGUACAAAACAAUGUGACCUUUAUCAAGCUGGCAUUGUAGCGUCUAAUGUGUCACUGUGUUUUGGUUUUAGCUUUCAUGUAUGGGUCUGGAUGUAUCACAGUGGCUGCUCUCUCAUCCUUCUUGGACUGGGGAGUUCUUCAAGUAGGUCCCUCCCUUCACCAUAUUACAUUCCUCCUCAUGUUUAAAGUCUCCGUAGGCCACAGACUAUGUCCUGUAUGUCCUGACAUACAGCCAUAAGCCUUGGGGACUGAGAAUAAUGAAGGAGUUGUCCUUAUUCCUCUCCUCCUCAGGGGUCCUUCACAGUCAUGGGAGUGGUCAGUGGCCCACUUCUUGGGGCUUUCAUCCUGGGGAUGUUUGUUCCAGCUAGUAACAGGCCGGUGAGUUGGACAAGAUUAUGUUUGCUUUGUACAAUGGGAACAUUUGGGAGGAGAGUGAAGAUCAGCUGUUCAUGUAAUCAGAGUUACAGGGGUGUCCAUCCAUGGUUAUAUUUUGAUGCUUAGGAGGGUGCCCUGAUUUGUUAUGGGGGUAUUGCCCAGUACCCUUUUUCACCUUUGUAAUUAUAACCCUCCAUAGGAAGAAUAUCAGUACAGCUAAUGCCACAGUUUUGUUUUAGCUGAUUCCAGAGAAUUCCAUAAUGACUUCUGAGUGUGGAUCGCCUUUUUACUUUUGUCUUCAGGGCGUGUUUAGUGGUGUGGUGGUGGGCUUCUCCAUCUCCUUGUGGCUGGUCAUUGGAUCAACCCUCCAUCCUCCCAGUCUGCAGACCAUGGGAGUCCUGCCCACCUAUACAGAUCAGUGUCCAUCAAGUAACAGCACAGUCAACAGCAGCCUGGGCAUGGACACACCCUCCGUCUCCACGCCUCUUCCCCUAUUUCAACAUGGGUGAGGAAGAGAUAUGGAGAGACAUACUAACAAACUGAGAGUAGUGUACCACCAGUACAAGUAGAAAAAGUGUGUUAUUAUCAGAAAUCAUAUAUCUAAUUAAAGUGUUCAUAACUCAUUAACUCGUCUCUUACCUUGAAUGUUGACCCAGAUUUUCCUGGUCGGGUCACAUAGUCAGGAAAAGUUAUUGGCCUUAUGAGGUACGCUAACCAAGGAAACAUUUCUCCACAGACUGACGAGUCUGCAGAACUUUUAUUCCAUGUCCUACCUCUACUUUGGUGCUGUGGGGACAAUUUCAGUGGUGCUGGUUGGGGUAGCUGUGAGCUAUGCAACAGGUAAUGAAAACACUUUUAUUACUGCAAAAGGACAUGUCUGUUUUUUUAAAUUUCUUUAUCGUUUCCUUCAUUUCCUCCUCAAUGUUCUUAUUGUUAAUACCAUGUCAUGGCCAUUCAGCUCAGGCAGACACAGUGCAUUCGGAAAGUAUUCAGACCCCUUGACUUUUUCCACAUUUUGUUACGUUACAGCCUUAUUCUAAAAUUGAUUACAUUGUUUUUUCCCUCAAUCUACACACAAUACCCCAUAAAAAAGUUUUUUAGAAAUUUGUGCAAAUCUAUUACAAAUAAAAAACUGAAAUAUCACAUUUACAUAAGUAUUCAGACCCUUUACUCAGUACUUUGUUGAAGCACCUUUGGCAGCGAUUACAGCCUAUAGUCUUCUUGGGUAUGACGCUACACGCUUGGCACACCUGUAUUUGGGGAGUUUCUCCCAUUCUUCUCUGCAGAUCCUCUCAAGCUCUGUCAGAUUGGAUGGGGAGCGUCGCUGCACAGCUAUUUUCAGGUCUCUCCAGAGAUGUUUGAUCGGGUUCAAGUCCGGGCUCUGGCUGGGCCACUCAAGGACAUUCAGAUAGUUGUCCCGAAGGCACUCCUGCAUUGUUUUGGCUGUGUGCUUAGGGUCGUUGUCCUGUUGGAAGGUGAACCUUCUCCCCAGUCUGAGGUCCUGAGGGCUCUGGGGCAGGUUUUCAUCAAGGAUCUCUCUGUACUUUGCUCUGUUAAUAUUUCCCUCGAUCCUGACUAGUCUCCCAGUCCCUGCCGCUGAAAAACAUCCCCACAGCAUGAUGCUACCACCACCAUACUUUACCAUAGGGAUGGUGCCUGGUUUCCUCCAGAUGUGACACUUGACAUUCAGGACGAAGAGUUCAAUCUUUGUUUCAUCAGACAGGAGAAUCUUGUUUCUCAUGGUCUGAGAGUCCUUUAGGUGCCUUUUGGCAAACUACAAGUGGGCUGUCGUGCCUUUUACUGAGGAGUGGCUUCCGUCUGGCCACUCUACCAUAAAGGCCUGAUUGGUGGAGUGCUGCAGAGAUGGUUGUCCUUUUGGAAGGUUCUCCCAUCUCCACAGAGGAACUCUGGAGCUCUACGGACAAUUACUUCGACCUCAUGGCUUGGUUUUUGCUCUGACAUGCACUGUCAACUGUGGGACCUUAUAUAGACAGGUGUGUGCCUUUCCAAAUCAUGUCCAAUCAAUUGAAUUUACCACAGGUGGACUCCAAUCAAGUUGUACAAACAUCUGAAGGAUGAUCAAUGGAAACAGGAUGCACCUGAGCUCAAUUUCAAGUCUCAUAGCAAAGGGUCUGAAUACGUAUGUAAAUAUAUUUAUUUUUUAUAAAUUAGCAAACAUUUCUAAAACCCUAUUUUCGCUUUCUCGUUAUGGGAUAUUGUGUGUACAUUGAUGAAGAAAAAUGUAAUCCAUUUUAGAAUAAGGCUGUAACGUAACAAAAUGUGGAAAAAGGGAAGGGGUCUGAAUACUUUCCGAAUGCACUGUAUAUAUAUUACAGUGGUGUGAAAAAGUGUUUGCCCCCUUCCUGAUUUGUUAUUUGUUUGCAUGUUUGUCACACUUAAAUGUUUCAGAUCAUCAAACAAAUUUAAAUAUUAGUCAAAGAUAACACAAGUAAACACAAAAUGCAGUUUUGAAAUGAAGGUUGUUAUUAUUAAGGGUAAACUAAAUCCAAACCUACAUGGCCCUGUGUGAAAAGGUGUUUGCCCCCCUGUUAUAACACAACUCAACUGUGGUUUAUCACACCUGAGUUCAAUUCCUCUAGCCACACCCAGGCCUGAUUACUGCCACACCUGUUCUCAAUCAAGGAAUCGCUUAAAUAGGACCUGCCUGACAAAGUAGACCAAAAGAUCCUCAAAAGCUAGACGUCAUGCCGAGAUCCAAAGAAAUUCAGGAACAAAUGAGAAAGAAAGUAAUUGAGAUCCAUCAGUCUGGAAAAGGUUAUAAAGCCAUUUCUAAAGCUUUGGGACUCCAGCUGUCAAGGGGUGCUGAAGGUGGGUGUGGUGCAUGAAUCAAGCACAGGACGCAGAAGCUCAGUCCAAAAGACUUUAGUGCAAUAUUCACGUAGAAAAUAAGCACAAUAAGCCCGAAGGCGAAAUAACGGCGCACACAGGCGUCAAACAAACGGCGCACUAACAUGUGCGAAAAACCUCUCCAAAACACUGGAGGGAAGUACGUAGCUCCAACACAAAACAGAAGAGCAAUCACACACAAAGACAAACACACACAACGAGAACUAAAUAGGACACUAACGAGGACUAACAAGACACAGGUGUACAACAUCAAGACAAAACCAAACGAACAUGAAACAUAGAUCGGUGGCAGCUAGUACUCCGGGGACGACGACCGCCGAAGCCUGCCCGAACCAGGAGGAGGAGCAGCCUCGGCCGAAACCGUGACACCAGCGAACCACAGUGAGAGCCAUUAUCCACAAAUGGCGAAAACAUGGAACAGUGGUGAACCUUCCCAGGAGUGGCCGGCCGACCAAAAUUACCCCAAGAGCGCAGCGACGACUCAUCCAAGAGGUCACAAAAGACCCCACAACAACAUCCAAAGAGCUGCAGGCCUCACUUGCCUCACUUAAGGUCAGUGUUCAUGACUCCACCAUAAGAAAGAGACUGGGCAAAAAUGGCCUGCAUGGCAGAGUUCCAAGACGAAAACCACUGCUGAGCAAAAAUAACAUUAAGGCUCGUCUCAUUUUUGCCAGAAAACAUCUUGAUGAUCCCCAAGACCUUUGGGAAAAUACGCUGUGGACUGACGAGACAUAAGUUGAACUUUUUGGAAGGUGUGUGUCCCAUUACAUCUGGCGUAAAAGUAACACCGCAUUUCAGAAAAAGAACAUCAUACCAACAGUAAAAUAUGGUGGUGGUAGUGUGAUGGUCUGGGCCUGUUUUGCUGCUUCAGGACCUGGAAGACUUGCUGUGAUAAAUGGAACCAUGAAUUCUGCUGUCUACCAAAAAAUCCUGAAGGAGAAUGUCCGGCCAUCUGUUCGUGACCUCAAGCUGAAGCGAACUUGGGUUCUGCAGCAGGACAAUGAUCCAAAACACACCAGCAAGUCCACUUCUGAUGAAAAUGAAGACUUUGGAGUGGCCUAGUCAAAGUCCUGACCUGAAUCCUAUUGAGAUGCUGUGGCAUGACCUUAAAAAGGCAGUUCAUACUCGAAAACCCUCCAAUGUGGCUGAAUUACAACAAUUCUGCAAAGAUGAGUGGGCCAACAUUCCUCCACAGCGCUGUAAAAGACUCAUUGCAAGUUAUCGCAAACGCUUGAUUGCAGUUGUUGCUGCUAAGGGUGGCCCAACCAGUUAUUAGGUUGUAGGGGUCAAUCACUUUUUCACACAGGGCCAUGUGGGUUUGGAUUUUGUUUUCCCUUAAUAAUAACAACCUUCAUUUCAAAACUACAUUUUGUGUUUACUUGUGUUAUCUUUGACUAAUAUUUAAAUUUGUUUGAUCUGAAACAUUUAAGUGUGACAAACAUGCAAACAAAUAAGAAAUCAGGAAGGGGGCAAACACUUUUUCACACCACUGUAUAUAUAUAUAUAUCUAUAUAUGAUAUUUUCUGUUUAUAAACAGGACCUACCAAGAGAAAUACCAUUGACCCUGGCUUGCUCUGGUGGGACCUGCAAAAGAAAACCCUGGACAGUCAGAUGGACAAUCCACAGAUAGUGCCUCUACACCACUUGCACAAUGAAGAUGUUGAUGAAAAAGAGGCCCUGAGUGCUACGCGGAAAACAACCUUACCUCAAUGUUCCCCAAUAAAGUAUAGAGAGCUUUGAGAGAAGAAGGGUGGACAUAUAUACACAGUACUAGUCAAAAGUUGACACACCUACUCAUUCUGGAGUUUGUCUUUAUUUUUACUAUUUUCUAAAUUGUAGAAUAAUAGUGAAGACAUCAAAACUAUGAAAUAACACAUAUGGAAUCAUGUAGUAACCAUAAAAGUGUUAAACAAAUCAAAAUAUAUUUUAUAUUUGAGAUUCUUCUAAUAAAAACCCCUUGCCUUGAUGACAGUGUGCAAAGCUGUCAUCAAGGCAAAGGGUUUUUAUUUGAAGAAUCUUAGAUAUAAAAUAUAUUUUGAUUUGUUUAACACUUUUAUGGUUACUACAUGAUUCCAUAUGUGUUAUUUCAUAGUUUUGAUUUCUUCACUAUUAUUCUACAAUGUAGAAAUAAAGAUAAAUCAUUGAAUGAGUAGGUGUGUCCAAACUUUUGACUGGUACUGUAUAUUGAAAGGGACAGAAAUUGUCAUCCUCAGGCACAGCAGUUUAAUUGAGGUUCUUCAGCAACAUGUACAUCAUGUAUAAUUAUCUGAGGUAGCCAGUAUAUGUUCAUAUCAUGUGUUUUGAAUAGCAUAUUUUGGGUUGGUCUUUCAUUUUAAAAUGUGAUUUCAUUGUGGUUAUAUAAGGGGAUAUAGCAGACCUAGAUCAAUACUGAUUUAGCUUGGAGUAUGCACUUUUGGGACAUUUCCCUUGGUUCCAUAGUACCAGGAAAACAAAAUCAAGUGCAGCUCAAGUAUUUUAAAGCAUUUGACCUUGGUCUGUUAUGUAUUAUACUAUGUUACAUAGUUGUAAGCAAUAUAAAAGCCUGACUAUACACUACAGUUUUACAGCAUCUGCCUAUAUAACUACCCUGCAAAUACAGUUAUAGUAACACUUAAGUAGAAUGGAAAGGUUUAUUUAAUUGUAGUCAGUUGGCAAGACUUGUUGAAUGGCAUCAAUCAAUAGAAUAAAAUAAAGCCACAGACGUUUUUUUGUCAUUGAUCAAAGGACCAUUCACAAAGGAGUCCAUUAUGGUUCUGUCCACACGCCUUAUCGGCUGCACACACACCUGCAAUUCCAACAGUGGGCGAUGAUAAAAAUGAAACCCAAAGAGAGCAUCUGCAACCAAAGUGUUGACCCAUCCUAAUAUCUCCAAGCCUCCUUUCCUCCUGAUAUAAGCUCAAAAUAAGAAAAAUCUCAUAUGAAAGAACUGGACAGAUGAAUGGACAUUCCCAGCAGUUAUUCAUUAUAAUGCCUUCACUUGACUUCAGUGCAGAUGAAGGAAAGGAGACAAGUAUAGGAAUCCACUUUAGACUAUUGAGAUGCAGCUUUAUGCUCAGGGAUAUUCUUUGAAAUCCAGGCUUAUAGACUGGUUGGUUGUUUAGCAACAAAACCAACGAGUGCGCAACUAUGGGGCAAAACAGACGGGGUUGGCUUAGAUUGUUCACAACAUGUAAACUAUAUUUGAAAACAUAAAUGUGCACAAUGAGCACUUGUCUCUCAAAUAUAGUUGUCGGAAGUUUACAUACACCUUAGCCAAAUACAUUUAAACUCAGUUUUUCACAAUUCCUGAUAUUUAAUCCUAGAAAAAAUUCCCUGUCUUAGGUCAGUUAGGAUCACAACUUUUUAUUUAAAGAAUGUGAAAUGUCAGAAUAAUAGUAGAGAGAAUGAUUUAUUUUAGCUUUUAUUUAUUUCAUCACAUUCCCAGUGGGUCAGAAGUUUACAUACACUCAAUUAGUAUUUGGUAGCAUUGCCUUUAAAUUGUUUAACUUGGGUCAAACGUUUCGGGUAGCCUUCCACAAGCUUCCCACAAUAAGUUGGGUGAAUUUUGGCCCAUUACUCCUGACAGAGCUGGUGUAACUGAGUCAGGUUUGUAGGCCUCCUUGCUCGCACAUGCUUUUUCAGUUCUGCCCACAAAUUUUCUAUAGGAUUGAGGUCAGGGCUUUGUGAUGGCCACUCCAAUACCUUGACUUUGUUGUCCUUAAGCCAUUUUGGCACAACUUUGGAAGUAUGCUUGGGGUUAUUGUACAUUUGGAAGACCAUUUGCGAUCAAGCUUUAACUUCCUGACUGAUGUCUUGAGUUGCUUCAAUAUAUCCACAUAAUUUUUCUUCCUCAUGAUGCCAUCUAUUUUGUGAAGUGCACCGGUCCCUCCUGCAGCAAAGCACCCCCACAGCAUGAUGCUGCCACCCCCGUGCUUCACGGUUGGGAUGGUGUUCUUCGGCUUGCAAGUACCCCCUUUUUCCUCCAAACAUAACGAUGGUCAUUAUGGCCAAACAGUUAUAUUUUUGUUUCAUCAGACCAGAGGACAUUUCUCCAAAAAGUACGAUCUUUAUCCCCAUGUGCAGUUGCAAACCGUGGUCUGGCUUUUUUAUGCCGGUUUUGGAGCAGUGGCUUCUUCCUUGCUGAGCGGCCUUUCAGGUUAUGUCGAUAUAGGACUAGUUUUACAGUGGAUAUAGAUACUUUUGUACCUGUUUUCCUCCAGCAUCUUCACAAGGUCAUUUGCUGUUGUUCUGGGAUUUAUUUGCACUUUUCGCACCAAACUACGUUCAUCUCUAGGAGACAGAAUGUGUCUCCUUACUGAGCAGUAUGACGGCUGCAUGGUCCCAUGGUGUUUAUACUUGCGUACUAUUGUUUGUACAGAUGAACGUGGUACCUUCAGGUGUUUGGAAAUUGCUCCCAAGGAUGAUCAGACUGUGGAGAUCUACAAUUGGCUGAUUUCUUUUGAUUAUCCCAUGAUGUCAAGCAAAGAGGCACUGAGUUUGACAGUAGGCCUUGAAAUACAUCCUCAGGUACACCUCCAAUUGACUCAAAUAAUGUCAAUUAGCCUAUCAGAAGCUUCUAAAGCUAUGAAUUUUCCAAGCUGUGUAAAGGCACAGUCAACUUAGUGUAUGUAAACUUCUGACCCACUGGAAUUGUUAUACAGUGAAUUAAAGUGGGGAAAAAAGUAUUUAGUCAGCCACCAAUUGUGCAUGUUCUCCCCACUUAAAAAGAUGAGAGAGGCCUGUAAUUUUCAUCAUAGGUACACGUCAACUAUGACAGACAAAUUGUGGAAAAAAAUCCAGAAAAUCACAUUGUAGGAUUUUUAAUGAAUUUAUUUGCAAAUUAUGGUGGAAAAUAAGUAUUUGGUCACCUACAAACAAGCAAGAUUUCUGGCUCUCACAGACCUGUAACUUCUUCUUUAAGAGGCUCCUCUGUCCUCCACUCGUUACCUGUAUUAAUGGCACCUGUUUGAACUUGUUAUCAGUAUAAAAGACACCUGUCCACAACCUCAAACAGUCACACUCCAAAGUCCACUAUGGCCAAGACCAAAGAGCUGUCAAAGGACACCAGAAACAAAAUUGUAGACCUGCACCAGGCUGGGAAGACUGAAUCUGCAAUAGGUAAGCAGCUUGGUUUGAAGAAAUCAACUGUGGGAGCAAUUUAUUAGGAAAUGGAAGACAUACAAGACCACUGAUAAUCUCCCUCGAUCUGGGGCUCCACUCAAGAUCUCACCCUGUGGGGUCAAAAUGAUCACAAGAACGGUGAGCAAAAAUCCCAGAACCACACGGGGGGACCUAGUGAAUGACCUGCAGAGAGCUGGGACCAAAGUAACAAAGCCUACCAUCAGUAACACACUACGCUGCCAGGGACUCAAAUCCUGCAGUGCCAGACGUGACCCCCUGCUUAAGCCAGUACAUGUCCAGGCCCGUCUGAAGUUUGCUAGAGUGCAUUUGGAUGAUCCAGAAGAGGAUUGGGAGAAUGUCAUAUGGUCAGAUGAAACCAAAAUAUAACUUUUUGGUAAAAACUCAACUCGUCGUGUUUGGAGGACAAAGAAUGCUGAGUUGCAUCCAAAGAACACCAUACCUACUGUGAAGCAUGGGGGUGGAAACAUCAUGCUUUGGGGCUGUUUUUCUGCAAAGGGACCAGGACGACUGAUCCGUGUAAAGGAAAGAAUGAAUGGGGCCAUGUAUCGUGAGAUUUUGAGUGAAAACCUCCUUCCAUCAGCAAGGGCAUUGAAGAUGAAACAUGGCUGGGUCUUUCAGCAUGACAAUGAUCCCAACACACACCGCCCGGGCAACGAAGGAGUGGCUUCGUAAGAAGCAUUUCAAGGUCCUGGAGUGGCCUAGCCAGUCUCCAGAUCUCAACCCCAUAGAAAAUCUUUGGAGGGAGUUGAAAGUCCGUGUUGGCCAGCGACAGCCCCAAAACAUCACUGCUCUAGAGGAGAUCUGCAUGGAGGAAUGGGCCAAAAUACCAGCAACAGUGUGUGAAAACCUUGUGAAGACUUACAGAAAACGUUUGACCUGUGUCAUUGCCAACAAAGGGUAUAUAACAAGUAUUGAGAAACUUUUGUUAUUGACCAAAUACUUAUUUUCCACCAUAAUUUUCAAAUAAAUUCAUAAAAAAAUCCUACAAUGUGAUUUUCUGGAAAAAAAAUUCUCAUUUUGUCUGUCAUAGUUGACUGUACUUAGAAUUACAGGCCUCUCACACUUAAAUGUUUCGGAUCAUCAAACAACCAGAAUUUUAAAUAUAGUCAAAAGAUAACACAAGUAAACACAAAAUGCAGUUAGUUUUUGAAAUGAAGGUUGUUAGUAUUAAGGGUAAAACUAAAUCCAAAACCUACAUGGCCCUGUGUUGAAAAGGUGUUGCCCCAUGUUAUAAACACAACUCAACUGUGGUUUAUCACACGAGUUCAAUUCCCUAGCCAACACCCAGGCCUGAUUACUCACACUGUUCUCAAUCAAGGAUCGCUUAAAAUAGGAACAUGCUGACAAAGAAGUAGACCAAAAGAUCCCAAAAGCUAGACGUCAUGCCGAGAUCCAAAGAAAUUAAAGAACAAAUGAGAAAGAAAGUAAUUUGAGAUCCAUAGUCUGGAAAAGGUUAUAAAGCCAUUUCUAAAGCUUUUGGGACUCCAGCUGUCAAGGGGUGCUGAAGGUGGGUGUGGGUGCAUGAAUCAAGCACAGGACGCAGAAGCAGUCCAAAAGACUUUUAGUGCAAUAUUCACGUAAGAAAAUAAGCACAAUUAAGCCCGAAGGCGAAAUACGGCGCCCACAGGCGUAAAACAAACGGCGCACUAACAUGUGCGAAAAACCUCUCCAAAACCACUGGAGGGAAGGACGUAGCUCCAACACAAAACAGAAGAGCUCACACACAAGACAAACACACACAACGAGAACUAAAUAGGACACUAACGAGGACUAACAAGACACAGGUGUACAACAUCAAGACAAAACCAAACGAACAUGAAAACAUAGAUCGGUGGCAGCUAGUACUCCGGGGACGACGACCGCCGAAGCCUGCCCGAACCAGGAGGAGGAGCAGCCUCGGCCGAAACCGUGACACCAGCGAACCACAGUGAGAGCCAUUAUCCACAAAUGGCGAAAACAUGGAACAGUGGUGAACCUUCCCAGGAGUGGCCGGCCCGACCCAAAAUUACCCCAAGAGCGCAGCGACGGACUCAUCCAAGAGGUCACAAAAGACCCCACAACAACAUCCAAAGAGCUGCAGGCCUCACUUGCCCCCACUUAAGGUCAGUGUUCAUGACUCCACCCAUAAGAAAAGAGACUGGGCAAAAAUGGCAUGCAUGGCAGAGUUCCAAGACGAAAACCACUGCUGAGCAAAAAUAACAUUAAGGCUCGUCUCAUUUUUUGCCAGAAAACAUCUUGAUGAUCCCCAAGACCUUUGGGAAAAUACGCUGUGGACUGACGAGACAUAAGUUGGAACUUUUGGAAGGUGGUGUCCCAUUAAUCUGGCGUAAAGUAACACCGCAUUUCAGAAAAGAACAUCAUACCAACAGUAAAAUAUGGUGGUGUGUGUGAUGGUCUGGGCCAGUUUUGCUGCUUCAGGACCUGGAAGACUUGCUGUGAUAAAUGGAACCAUGAAUUCUGCUGUCUACCAAAAAAUCCUGAAGGAGAAUGUCCGGCCAUCUGUUCGUGACCUCAAGCUGAAGCGAACUUGGGUUCUGCAGCAGGGACAAUGAUCCAAAACACACCAGCAAGUCCCAUUCUGAUGAAAAUGAAGACUUUGGAGUGGCCUAGUCAAAGUCCUGACCUGAAUCCUAUUGAGAUGCUGUGGCAUGACCUUAAAAAGGCAGGUUCAUACUCGAAAACCCUCCAAUGUGCUGAAUUACAACAAUUCUGCAAGAUGAGUGGGCCAAAAUUCCUCCACAGCGCUGUAAAAGACUCAUUGCAAGUUAUCGCAAACGCUUGAUUGCAGUUGUUGCUGCUAAGGGUGGCCCAACCAGUUAUUAGGUUGUAGGGGUCAAUCACUUUUUCACACAGGGCCAUGUGGGUUUGGAUUUUGUUUUCCCUUAAUAAUAACAACCUUCAUUUCAAAACUACAUUUUGUGUUUACUUGUGUUAUCUUUGACUAAUAUUUAAAUUUGUUUGAUCUGAAACAUUUAAGUGUGACAAACAUGCAAACAAAUAAGAAAUCAGGAAGGGGGCAAACACUUUUUCACACCACUGUAUAUAUAUAUAUAUCUAUAUAUGAUAUUUUCUGUUUAUAAACAGGACCUACCAAGAGAAAUACCAUUGACCCUGGCUUGCUCUGGUGGGACCUGCAAAAGAAAACCCUGGACAGUCAGAUGGACAAUCCACAGAUAGUGCCUCUACACCACUUGCCACAAUGAAGAUGUUGAUGAAAAAGAGGCCCUGA